AUGGCAAAGAAUCCCGAAGUUAUCCAGAAUUUCGAUCUGGGAUGGGACGGCAUACAGACCAGACCCCGCGUUCCUCUCUUCCUGAUCCAUGAUGGCGGUGGUACAACUUUUGCAUACCAUUGUCUAGACUCUCUCGGACGCCCAACAUACGGGAUUUUCAAUCCGCGCUAUCACAGCGGCGGGAGUUUCGAAGGUGGAGUACGUGGGAUGGGACGUCUUUACGCCGCAAUGAUCAGAAAAACCUGCGCUGCGCCUGACUUUCCGGGCAAACGCAACCCCGACGGAAGGAUUGAUAUCCUUCUAGGUGGAUGGAGUAUGGGCGGCUUGCUCAGCCUCGAGAUUGCAAAGGUGCUGACAGGUGAUCGGGAUGUGAACGUCAUUGGUGUCUUGAUGAUGGAGAGCAUGUGUCCGGUCAACUUGCUUAGUGGUGGAGGCUACCUCGAAACACUGGAUCACCUAGUCAUGGACAAGCCAAACAAGAACCUGGUUCUGUCGAUACGAGCCAUGAAGGAAGCACUACGGGCCAUUCGGGAAUGGAACCCCCCUAUUUGGACAGGUCAUCAAUCUGGCCAACGACCGCGGUUCUCCCUCCUGCGAGCGGCCAAUAUUCUACCAACAAAAGGGAACCGACUGCAUAUACUAGACAUUUACCGCCACGACCAGAAUCUCGGGUGGGACAAUUAUGAUCCCGAUCUAUUUACGGAGACAUUGGAAGUCGAGGGCAAUCAUUUUGAAAUGUUUUCCUUUCGGAAUAUUCCCGGGAUCUCGGAAGCCAUCCAGAGAUGCUGUGACACAUUGGAGAAGCUUAGCCAGUUGUAG